AUGAUUCUUGCAGAUCUGGAGGGAACACUGAUCCAUGCAACUGUUAAGAAGCAACAAGUGAAUAAGUUUCACAGAAUGAUUGUGUCAGGAGAGUGGAGGACUUUUGAGAAUUUUCAGCUCACUAAAUCAAUGGGGAAAAAUAGAGCAACUAAACAUGCGUUCAAGAUGACCUUCACUAACACGACGGUCAUAGGCCGCUCACCUAUCCUAUCUGAUGACAUGUUUCUCGAUUUGGCUGACUUUGGAAGCAUCCUCGAUGACAAUGGUCUCAAUGAGAAAAUUUUGAUUGAUGUGUUAGGACAGGUCGUGAGAGUUGGAGCUAUGAAAACUCAUGAUCAAAAUGGCAAAAUAUCGAAACAGUUGGAGAUAGAACUCAGAGACACAAGUGAUAACCGUUUUUCCUGUACUUUGUGGGGGAGAUUUGCUGAAAACAUGUGGGAUGAAUGUGAAAAGUCAGAAGGUAUCCCAGUUAAUUGCUUGAUUCGUCUUGCAAAGAUAAACAUGUUCAACGGUCAAAGAUCAAUCUCCUUGCCAAAUGAUACACUAUCUCUUAGUUUUAUCCAGCAAAAGCCUGUUCAGCCUAAAGGAGAAAAGAAGGUGGAUUUUUACAAUCGUGUGGGAAGAAAGACUGUUUCUGAAUUACUAGAAGCUACAGAGAAUAUGAGGCUUUGUUCUGGGAAUUUGAGUUUAGAGGAGGCAAAGGAAAUUCAGGAAUUUUCAGAGUGGAUACUAGCAGUGGGUGAUGGAAAAAUCUCAGAGCCUAAUGAUGAGGAGGUUCUUAUAGAUAUUCCAGAGGAGUUACUAAUUACUGAUGCAGAUGAUCCUAUAGAAGCGAUUAGCAAACUAGUUUAUGGAGAUCCUCAAAUUUUUCAAAAGGAGAGUGAUCCAGAAUUCUUUCAACAAAGAGCAUUCUUGUGUCCUACCAAUGAAGACGUGGGCAUUAUUAACGACUACAUGCUUGAUCAACUACAAGGUGAAGAAGAAGUACAUCUCAGUUCAGAUUCUAUAGAUCCGUUGAAGGUUGGUUGUCCAGUUAUGCUCUUACGGAAUAUAAAUGCUAGAGGAGGCCUCACACAAUUGGCUGAGUUUGUUAUAGAAGCAAUCAUAAUAACAGGAGAUCGAGUUGGAGAUAAAGUGUUGAUUCCACGUAUAUUGUUAUCUCCAUCAGACACAAAGCUUAUGUUUUUGAUGCGUCGAAGACAAUUGCCGUUAGUUGUUGCAUUCGCCAUGACAAUUAAUAAAAGCCAGGGACAGUCUUUGAGUAACGUUGGUCGUUGCCUCCCUAGACCAUGUUUUUCACAUGGACAGCUCUACGUUGCUCUCUCAAGAGUUACUUCCAAAAAGGGACUGAAGGUGCUCAUCGUUGAUAACGAUAACAAACCAAAGAAGAAAACAACCAAUGUGGUAUUCAAAGAAGUGUUCAAGAAGCUUUAA